GCAGAGCCAGUAGGAGCACAGUGUGUUUUUGUCCCUCACUGUCUUGCUCUUCUCCCUCUUUUAACAACACCUCGCCUUGAAGACAGCUUCCUCUGCUUGGAUUGUCACCAACUCAACACCAUGCUGCUCCGGACUGUGCUUCUGCUCACCUUAUGUGUGUCCACAGGCAUGUGUGCCACUUUAGGCCACUACCUGGUUCAAGUCAAGGAGGAGGAGGCUCUUGCUGUGGAGUCUGUCACUCAUGGGGUUGUGGAAGCUGCAUCUGUAAGCACAGCUGAAGAUGUAGCUCAUUCAGAUCCAAAAGAAGAUGAUCCACCUGCAGAGGAAGAACAUGUAGCUCCUUCAGAUCCCAAAGAAGAGGAUCCACCUGUGAAAAAGGAAGAUGUAGCUCCUGCAGAUCCUGAAGAAGAUGAUUCACCUGCGAAUGAAGAACUUGUAGCUCUGGCAGAUCCCAAAGAAGAUGAUUCACCUGCGAAUGAAGAACUUGUAGCUCUGGCAGAUCCCAAAGAAGAUGAUUCACCUGCGGAAGAGGAACAUGUAGCUCUGGCAGAUCCCAAAGAAGAGGAUCAAUCUACGAAUGAGGAACAUGUAGCUCCUGCAGAUCCAAAAGCUGAUGAUCCACAGGUGGAUGAGGAACCUGAAGCAAAUACCAAUGUUGGGGACAACCCAGCAGCUGGGGAACCAGAAGUGGAUGUCCCUGAAGCAGAUGGUGCAGCAGCAGAAGAGCCAGAGACAGGCAGUGAUGAGGCUGCUCGAGACGCCCCUGCUGUGGAAACUCUUACUGAAGAUGAAGGUGAAGCAGUCCCCCAAGAUCCAACUUCUCCUCCUGAGGCAGAGGAGGACAACAACAUCAAACCAGUCCAGACAGAGCCGUCCCAGACCGCAGAAGAAGAAGAAGAAGAAAAAGAAGAAGAAGAAAACAGCUGGGGCUUCAACUCAAUUAGAAACAGUUUUCAGUCUAUGCAUGGAUACUUCAGCUCCCUGGUGGAGCUUGCGGGGGGACGCGAUGGUGUGUGUCAGUACCGCUGCAAAUAUGGAGGGAUUCCUAAACCUCGCCCCGGCUACCAGCUCCCAGAGCCCAACGGCUGCAGCUCCUCUCUGGUUGGAUUCCAGGUGAAUGACGCUCUUGACCUGGGGAUCCCUGCUAUGACAAAGUGCUGUGACAAACUGGACAUGUGCUAUGACACUUGCGGGGCAAGCAAAAACGACUGUGAUUCUGAGUUUCGCCUGUGUGUGCAUGGCAUCUGCUCCGACUUAAAGAAGAGUCUGGGCUUUGUGUCCAAGGUCCAAGCCUGUGAAUCAAUGGCAGACGCCCUGCACAGCACAGUGGGGACUCUGGGAUGCAGGCCUUACAUGAACAGCCAGAGGGCGGCGUGUGUCUGCGAGGGAGAGGAGAGGGAUGAACUGUGACACAGAACACUGUGGACAAAAUCCCUGGAUGUUUUCAUGGAUAAAUAACAGAGUCACAGAUUAUACCGUGUAUUUAUAAGCUUCUUCUUGUCAAACAAAAAGAUACUUCACAAGAACUUUCUCAAGAUUCAUUGCCUGGGACUUCAGAAAGGAAAAGCAGACAUAAAUGGUGAAUUCAAAUGAACAGUUUUUUACAGGUUUUAUUCAUAAGCAGUACUGACAUAUAUUAGGUGUCUGAAUAUGACUUUCCAAAUCGUAAUUACCUGCGUAUACUCUACAUACUCCAUUUCAAAUUAGGCCAUUUUUAGGCCUCCAUGACUCCAUUACCAUAAAUUACUAUGAUGACUCCAAACAAAGUGCCCGAUGGGAAGGAUAUUGUCGUUGGAUUAAUUUCCUCUAGAUGGAAAGACACGAUCUAUCAACUAUGACGCAAUGUUGCAUGCUGCUAUUCAUCAGGAUAGUCUGCUCAAUGCAUAAGUCAGUGUCAAGUGAAUGUAAAGCUUAUUACAGCUGGUGUUUUUUAAAUUUAAGUUAUUUGCUAGUGUUUUUUUUAAUGAAUGAAUACAUGACUAAUUGCAGUUUAACUGACAUGAUUAGCUCUGAAUUAAUUGUCAGCGAUGAAGCGUAUGCAUCAUUUUCAGGCUCGGCACACUGAUAUCUCUUUCCCACCACACUGGCACAAAUUAGUCAGAAUACAUCUAUGGGUGUUGCUCAUGAUUUUUUUCAGUGAUGGUGUGAAAAUAUAAACCACUUCUAUAAAUAAGUCCUUAAGCUGUAAUCAAGCCUGAGAAAUGCUUGAAAAUGUGACCUAGAAAAACAUCCUUCAUGCCGCAGUUGGUACAAAUAAACUGUGGCCCCUCAGAACGAGUUCUAAUAGAAAUGUCAUUCACUUGUGGCAAAGUGGCAGGGACACACAAACUUGGUUGUAAUACACAGACAUCAAGUGAUUUAGCAAUGUAACUUUCACUGGAACUAGGGAUAAACUAGAGUGUAUAUACUGUACAUCUGCAUGUAUAUGUGUAUUUAAAUACCAAUUAAAUGGUCAGUUCAUCUCCUUUAAAGUUAA